AUGGAAACGGGUAAUAGCGAUACUGAUAACAACACACAAAUUGAGAACGAUUGUUUCAAAAAAUUACCAAAUGAAAUUAUUAAAAAGAUUCUUAGCUUCUUAAACGCACGAGACAUUUUUUCCAUUUCUUUGGUGAACAAAAAUCUACAUCAGCAUGUUCAAGAUAAAUACGUAUGGCAAUUAAUGUGCAUAAAUCGCUUCAGUGAAGAAAGCAUCAACGAAGAGAAAGAGCGACAAAGACGAAUAAAUGCCAAAACUAGCGUUGAACCGGUUGCAUCAGAAUCUCCUUCGGAUGAAGCGAAUGUCAAUUGGCGAAGCCUGUAUAUGAAAUUAUCCCGGCCUAUUAGUUUUUUGGCGAAAGAUCGUGAAAUUAUUUGGUUGGAUAAUGCGGAUGGUGUUGGAAAUACUCAUCACUGGAAAACGUUGACUUGUGAUGAAAGCGAAUAUGGAAAAGCUGUUUUCUUGGAUUAUGUUUGGUGGUUUGAUGUUCGGGGUACUUUACCAAAUGUAGAACCAGGAACUUAUGAUGUUAUUUGGCGCUUUAAAGUUGAUCCGAAUCGAUAUGCUGGUCUCCAUAAUUUAACAUUUGAGACUGAUGUUUUUGAAGUAUUUGAUGAAGAAUCAGAAUUAAUAAAUGAAAAACCAAUCGAAAUGAAGAAGAGAUUCUUAGCGAGUUCGGAGAUAUUUGAUCGCAUUGCUGAAGAUGGCGGUUGGUUAGAAUACUGCUUACCAGAUCAAAUUACGGUUUCAGAAGAACGAGUAAUUGAUUCAGUUCGGAUCCCACACUCGGUUGUAUGCAAAAUUUAUAAUCAUGAAGGAUUUGUUAAAAGAGGACUG